GUCGUUUGAAAUUUUAGCUUUUGCAUUAUAAAAUAAGAUGAAAUAAAGAUAACAUUAAAUUAUCUUAUUUUCUUCGAAACAAAACAUUGUCCUUCCAGAUGGUUACUUUCGAUUUCGAAUGACAAAAAUAUUAUUGAAUGGUAAAUUCAACACUCUUUUCUCACAAACGCCAAACCAAGUGUGUUGAUGAAUAUUUACAUGCCUGUAUACAUUUAGAUAUACACAAAAACUCGACAAGACCUAAUCAAUCUGUCAUUCACCCUAAGGCCUUGGAUCUGACAUGAUUUGGCAGACAUAUCCAGAUGACCAAAACAGCACAAGCAGCAUUACCCGAUCUACAAACAACAGCUAUGAAGACAGAUAGUAGGAGAGAAAUGAAGGAAAAGGGAAAGAAUUUCUUAGCUGGAGGUGUUGCAGGUUGCUGUGCCAAGUCUUUAGUUGCUCCUUUGGACAGAAUCAAAAUCUUGCUUCAAGCUCACAACCAUCACUAUAAAGAUUUAGGUGUUUGGUCAACAUUAGUGAAAGUGAAAUUAAAGGAAAAUAUUUCUGGUCUAUACAAAGGAAAUGGUAUCCAUAUGAUCAGAGUGUUUCCGUAUGCCGGUGUACAGUUCAUGGCAUAUGAGAAAUCUAAAGAGAUAGUCAAAACUUAUUUACAUAAUUAUCCACAAAUAGGGAAAUUCUUAGCAGGAUCUAUGGCAGGAAUAUCAGCUGUGUCUAUCACUUACCCUCUAGAUAUAAUCAGGGCCAGAAUAGCUUUCCAAGUAACUGGUGAUCAUUUGUGUAUUGGACUGACUGAGACAGCUGGUUGUAUUAUAAAACAGGACGGUAUAAUGGGUCUCUAUAGAGGCAUGACACCUACUCUAUUGGGAAUGAUACCUUAUGCAGGUACAACAUUCUUCAGUUUUGAGACAUUAAAGGGAAUGUGUGUUGACUAUUUCCCCGACUUAUUUGGUAAACCUUGUCCUCAGGAUACUGGUGGGAUAGUACUUACUAUUCCUGGGAAAAGUCUUUGUGGAGGAUUAGCUGGUCUGAUUGGUCAGACUGUAUCUUAUCCAUUUGAUGUUGUGAAGAGGAAAAUACAGCUGUCAGAAAUGUUACCAGAAUCUCAUAAAUAUAAGGUUCGUUGGUACAGAAUCUUUUUCAUUGUGUACAAAGAGCAUGGUAUCAGUAAAGGACUAUAUAGAGGAAUGUCUAUAAACUAUAUCAGGAUUAUACCUAUGCAAGCCACUGUUUUCACAGUAUAUGAACAGUUAAAACAAUGGAUGGGAAUGGAUACAUGUAUCACCAGAUAAUGAUGGCUUAGCUUUAGCUUUUUAGAUUAGAGUUUUGCAUAAAUUUUGAUCAGGGAUCUGC